AUGGUGGUUUCAACGUUCCGUCAAAACCUCCGAGAAUCAGGACCAAACGCUGAGAAAGCUCAAAACCAUGGCAUGAGCGUGGUCUACCACUGCCUUGAGGCAAACAAAGACAUUCAGCAUAGAUCAAAAUUUGGGUCGUGGAAGCAACGUGUAACUCCAAAGCUCGACCUCAUUCCCGUCCAAUACUCCAUAACUUGCAGAUCCCCUGAGAGAUCCCUUUCCCUUGCUCGUGCCUUCCCAGAGGCCAACAUUGCUACCUUGAAAAGCAUUAAUGUCUAUCAGGAUGUAACGAUUCCCGAUCUCAAAGGCGCCGUUCCAGACGCGGAGGCAAUCCGCAAAUUUCUACUCAAUGAGUUGGACGUCCCGGAGUCCCAGAUGACAAUUCUACUCGAUUCUCAAGCAACGAGGAGUGCAAUCGUUGGAGCAUUCCAACAUCUGGCUGAUAAUUCUGCGAUUCAGCGAGGAGAUCCAAUUUUGAUAUAUUAUGCUGGUCAUGGCUCAUGGGCCACGGCUCCCAAAGAUUGGCAUACAGAAGACGGCAAGAUUCAAAUGCUGGUCCCCGUCGACUGUGGGAUCAAAGAUAUACAUGGUAUCCCUGAUAAAACCAUAGGGACCUUGAUCACGAAAAUUGCGGAUAAAAAAGGAGAUAAUAUUACCGUCAUUUUUGAUUGCUGUCAUUCGGGCUCUGGUACUCGUGGGGAUUCCUCAGUCGUCUCAACGCGCGGCUUCGACUACGAAAAACAGCUUCCCAAAGAUCUCGACGCCAAGCUCUUAACAGGGGAUGCAUGCAACUCUAAUGAAGUUGCUCGUGAGGCAAAGGGACGUGGCGCCUUUACCACGGCUUUGCUUGCAACAUUGGCCACGGUUUGCACCGACAAAAUAUCUUACACUGAUCUUCUUCGUCGGAUCGAUGCCUUACCGAUGCAAAACCCGCAGUGCGAAGGAGUGAAACAACAUCGUUUCUUAUUUGACUCCAAAGCACCUACCCGCCGGCGCACAGUGUACAACGUCAAAACUCAAGACAACGAACUCAAAAUCGAAGCAGGGGUUAUACACGGCAUUACGAUUGGUGCGACGUUUGAGCUUUGGGAAAGCCACGAGGCUUACGACAACAAGCUGGAGUGUCUGGGGGCUGUGGAUGUCUCUCAAAUUGGUCAAUUUCAUUCUAGCGCAUCCCUGCUUUCUCAUCCAAAGCGCGACAAAACCCCUACCUUGGCGGUCCAGGUUGGCUGGGGUAAGAAGCAGGUCCUCCGACUGUAUGCGCCAGAAGAGGUUUCAUGUGUUCGGGAGGCCGUUUUGAAGCAGUCCGCCGUCACUUCUUCUCAGCGUAUGGAAAUCACAUUGUCCGAUCUGGGAGCCGCAGAGAUCAGUGCGGUGGUUGUGGGAAACAAGAUCGCAUUCGACACGCAUGAUCCCAGAGUUAUGCAGUACGGGCUUACUCGACUUCCGAAGACCGUCGAUCAAGACGUCGACGCGAUCCAUUCUGUUCUUUGCGGCAUAGCCCAUUAUUCGUACCAUCUUCGUCGAACUAACGUAACACCCCCCAAGUUCGAUGGGGUACCACUUCGAGAAAAAAUCGUUGUAGAGUUCUUUAGACUCCAAGAAGGUGGAUUUGGUGAGGACGGGACCCGUCAAAUGGUGCCGGGUGCAAAUCUCAACGUCCCGGGUGCUGGGAUUGAUUUGGUUGUUGGCGAGGCCUUGUACGGAUUCAAGAUCGUCAAUAACAGCCCACUGGACCUGUACCCCUACUUCUUUUUCUUCGACAAUUGCGAUCUUAGCAUCUACCCUCCCUUAAAGAGGGGACAAGAGCUCCCCAUUGGUUACGGCUCAGGGGGACAUACCGCUCGUCGGUACACGAUCGAAGACCCCACCCAGGAUCUAGAAGUCGGGUUCCUGAAACUAUUCAUCUCAAGUCAAUAUGUCGAUUUCUCUAAGGUUGAACAGAAUUCACCGUUUGGAGAUGCGUCUCGUGCGAUGAAGAAAGCGAAGGUUUCGCCUCCUCGCUUUUGGGAUGCCAUAUUCAUUCCCUUGAUUCAGCGCAGGCAUGCAAAACCUGCAGCCGAGGCUCAUGAGGCUGCGUCGCCGCCAGCAGCUGAUGGUGCCUCCGACAUCCGUCGUGACAUCGACCUUUUCAAAGUUCAGCAUCAAGAAGACAUGCGUAAGCUCAAGUCCGAUCUGGAAACGUUGCGGAAGAACAAAGAUGCUGCUCGCGAGGCUACUAAACGAUUGGAACGAGACUGUCAGCAAAUUCAGCAAGACGUCAAGCGCUGUGCACAGGAGCAAGGGGUAUUUGAAGAGCAGUUGAGGAGUAAUCGGCUAGCUUGGAAGAAGGCGAUGGCGGAAAUAAAUUAA